CGGAGCACACCACGCCCACGCACGGUACCUACCUAAGUAACCUCCUGUACUUGAUUUUUCCCUAGUCUAGCGGAAUAAAUAAAUUUUGGAACCCACCGUUCGUUCACCCGCCAUAACAGUUCAGUUCAAUUCAAGCAAAUCAGCAAUCCCACCCAGCCUUUGUCGCAUCGGCAGCCUGCACACCAAUUUGCACGGCCACGACUAAUUCAAGACUGGACGUCAUAUCGAGAUAUUGCAGCACAAGACACAGGCUCACGCAAAUCGAAUACGACAGCAUGCCCAAAGCUACAACCCCGAACCGGGGACAAAAUCGCCAUAAUCCUCUGGCCGACGACUACCUCGUCACGGCAAUUCCGAAGAACAAAGCACCGAAGAAGAAAUCAUCGAGAAAAGGAGAAGACGGAGAGGCCUAUGUUGACGCCAAAGCCUCGGAGCAGAUUUUGAAGCUUGGCCGUCAGCUGGCAGAGGAGGAUGCGCAAGUCACAGCACCACCUGAAUCCAAUGCAUUCGGUUUCGAGUCCAGAUUUCCCCAAGAACAAACCGAACCAUUUGGGCACGACGACGAAGUCGAAGCUGAAGCGUGGGGUGACGAGGAAGAGGAGGUCGAGGAGCUGCAUAUCGAGCCUGAGGACCUCGAGACCUUUAACAAGUUUCUCGGCGCUGACGAAGUUCCCGGUUUGGCCGGACACGACUUCUUUUCUGCCGGCGCCAGUUCACAAGAGAGCUUCGUUCCCGGCGGCGACAGGAGCCUUGCUGAUAUCAUCCUGAGCAAGAUCGCCGCUCAUGAGGCAGGUGUGCAGAGGGCUCCAGCCGGUCCCGUUGAUGACGAAGACCUCGAACUCCCUCCCAAGGUUAUUGAGGUAUACACCAAGAUCGGAUUGAUGUUGUCGCGGUACAAGUCCGGAAAACUUCCCAAACCUUUCAAGAUCUUGCCUACGAUACCACAAUGGGAGCAAAUUAUUGGCAUAACUAAGCCAUGGGACUGGUCACCAAACGCUGUAUUCGAAGCGACACGCAUAUUCGUAUCCUCAACACCGCAAGUUGUCCAAAGGUUCCUCGAGUUAGUAGUACUCGAGAAAGUGAAGGAGGACAUUUAUGAGAAUAAGAAAUUAAACGUACACUUAUUCAAUGCUUUAAAGAAGAGUCUCUACAAACCAGCUUCGUUCUUCAAGGGAUUCCUCUUCCCUCUCGUGGCUUCAGGGAGUUGCACUCUUCUUGAGGCAAGAAUUGUCUCUGCGGUCCUUGUCCGGGUCCAUAUACCUGUUCUACACAGCGCGGCCGCUAUCAAAGGACUGUGCGAUAUCGCGGCAGAAGAGGCCUCUGCUGGCACUGAAGGCGGUGGAGCCACGAACAUAUUCAUCAAGGCGUUGCUGGAAAAGAGAUAUGCACUGCCCUUCCAAGUUGUUGAUGGUUUGGUCUUUCAUUUUCUGCGUAUGAGGAGUAUGGAUCCUGCUGCUGCACAACGUAGUGACGUGAUGGACAUGGGUGGGGAACGCGCCGCAACACAAUCGAAGCUUCCGGUACUCUACCACCAGUGCCUACUGAUGUUCGCUGAACGAUACCGCAACGAAAUUACGGAAGAUCAGCGCGAGGCUCUUCUCGACCUCCUGCUAACUCAUGGGCAUCCUAAAAUUGCACCCGAGAUCAGACGGGAGCUUCUAGCUGGACGAGGCAGAGGUGUUGCUCUGGAGCAGCAAGAGGUGGCGUUGGACAAUGACGACACAAUGAUGGUUAUAGACUGAUUGGAGAGCCACAAGUGGCAGCAGUGACGGCUUCCUCGAGUGAUACCAAAUGACAAUGACUUAGGAGUACGGCGUUGAUAGAUCUAGGGCUUACCGGUGCAUCUUCGAGGGAAACCAAAAUGGGAAUUGGAUCACAUCAGGCUACGUGCCGGCGGAAUAUUCAGACUGAUUUGACCAUGUCGUUUGUGAACCAGAACCCGUAUUGCUUUACCGGGGGAGCCGCUCUAGUUCGACUUGACUAUGCCUAUGAUCUCGACUUACGU